CGCGACAAUGGCUCACUCAAUGACUGUCGCUGAGCUGAAAACAGCUUUCCUUCGGGAUCAAAUCCGAAUAUUAUCCACUUCUUUAGACCCAACAGAGGAUUGGAAAGAUUAUGGCCCGGAAGUCGAAAGUGACCUCUCGGACAAAGCUGUGGGCGGCGUUUUGCAGAAACUAAACUCGAUACUCGGACAGCAUAACCGCUCCGUCUUGUCGACCCAAGCAGUCCACCAUGUUUCCCAACAGAUUGAGCGGCUGUAUCUGAACGCGAUUGACCCAGAUUUGGGAGGAGGUAGUGCACAAAGGCAUACGGUAGAAAAGGGUGCUGACCUGACAAGUCCUGAGAGUAUCAAGCGGCUUCCCGACGAAUGGAUGGGAAGCAAUGUUUCUGCAGAGGCCCAGGAACGAUAUAUGCAGUUGCACAAACAACUUGUUUUGCUCGAUGCCGAGCGGAAUAAACAGCGACAGCGAUUGGCUCAGUACAAGCAGCUGAAGACUUUGUUGGAACCAUUCAACGAACCUCGAACAAAUAUCCAACCAAAUCUUGUCAGUAAAGAUAGCCAGCUGGCUUCAGAACUCGGCCGAAUGAGAAUGCUUCUGGCAAAGGUGGCCGACAGGGUCAACCGUGUCGGCCAACAACGAGAUGGGGUGCCAAUAGAAGAGCCCAAUUCGCUGGAAGAUAUGGAUACCAGGCUAGCGAAGAUCCUGGAUAUGACUUGAAAUCAAUUCGAGCACGCUCAGGGUCAUUCAAUUCCCCGCAAAUCACCUAAAAGCCGUUAAGUAUGGAGCCCCUAUGUUACCUAGGACUCGCAUUCCGAGCAAUCCGUCAAUGCUGGUG